AUGGUUUUAAUUCUCAUAUUUGUAUCAUACCAGCGGAUAAACUAUAACUUUUUAAUUAGAUCCUUUCGUGAAAGAGAACAAUUUAAAGCAAUAGUAUUUUUGAAAACACACAAGACUGGAGGUUCCACAAUGGUAAACAUUCUUCAGCGUUUUGAAGAACGUCAUAACUUAAGCAUUGCUUUGCCAAAGAAAAACUUUGGCGAGCUUCGAUACAAUUAUUUUGGUGACGUGGGUGAAACAUUAUCACGUGAUCAUAUCUUUGAUCCGCAUGGAAACACUGCAUUCAAUAUUCUUUGCAAUCACGUGAUAUACAAUCGAACUGCUUUUCGGAAAAUUUUCAGACGAAAAACAUUUUAUUUCACAAUUCUUCGCGAGCCACUUUCAAAUUUUUUAUCAGCAAUAAAUUACUAUGGUUUAACGGACGGUUACAUAAGGAAAAUGUUGAAGGAAAACACUUCGAAACCUAUUACAAACUUUUUCAAGAAUCCUCGUCGUUAUGAGCCACAUAAUGUGUAUCUUUCAUUCACUAACAAUCGCCAGCUAAUAGAUUUGGGAUUUUCUCCAAAGGAAAACCCACGAGAUCCUAUAUCUAUCAAAAAAUUUAUCAAAGCUAUAAAUAAUGAUUUUCACUUUGUGAUGAUUAUGGAAUAUUUCGACGAAUCAUUGAUUUUAAUUAAGAGAAUGUUGGGAUGGACAUUCAAAGACAUCUUAUACAUAAGACAAAAUAAAGGACGCGAAAUAUUAGUCACAAAUAUCACAGAAGAAGAAAAACAAAAGAUAUACCAGUGGAACAGAGGAGAUUUAAUGUUGUAUUCACACUUUUUGGAAAAGCUGGAAAAUAUAAUCAAAGCAGAAGGACAAAGUUUACAGGAAGAAGUGUCGACCUUUAAAGAUAUUCUACGAAAGGUGUGGGAUUUUUGUGAGCAAGACGAUCAAGUGAUACCAUUGACAAUAAGAAAGACGCCUUGGGAUUCUGGAUUUGUGCUUACAUAUCAUGAAUGUACUUUUCUUCGUCUAAAUGAACUUCAGUACCUCGAGAGACUAUAUAAUGCUGUAAUCAAAUAA